CCGGGGGAUGAUGAUGACGAUAACGGGCCUGAACUCAACAUGCACCUCGCCGAUAUCCUCCGCGACGAAGGCGUCGUGUCCGUCUCGACGCAGGAGGAGAAUGAGAAGGAAUUCCAACGUCGCAUCCCCAAAGUUGACGUGUUGGACGCCUACUCCAGCAACAUGAACUCCGGCACGCCCACAGACAAUGUCCUCCAUGCGCAUUGCUCUCCCGCAGAGAAGGAGGCUUUCAAGAAGGUCAAGGCGAAACAUGCCCCCCUCGUUCACCGCCACCUACGGGCCUUCAAGGAGCACGCUACCAUCCUCUCCCUCCUCGGUCAAUCAGCCGCGCCGGGGAUGACGCAGGAACAACUCGUUUCCAUCGUCCAACAGACCAUGUCGGUCUGCGAGGCCACUACCCUGAUUGCACGCGAAACGCUGACCAAGACAGUCCACGACGCCCAGAAGGCUGCGCUUGAAGCAGCGGGCUUCACCGCUACCACCGUCGACUCCAUUCACAAACAAUGCGCAUUCGGCGCGAAUAGGAAGCAGGAGCUCUUCGGCGAGUUCGACCAGAUGCAGAAAAU